UCGACUACUUCCGGUAUGACGUUGAUGAGGGUUGGGAACUAUCUUGAUGCCGAUCCGCGCAUAGGGGCUUUGGAUUGGAUAUCGAGGGGGGCUGGCUGUUGUUUGUGCCCCCACCCCCUGCCCCUCGGGCCAGAAAAGACUACCCGACCUAGUCACGCCAGUGGACCAUCUGACGGCACUAUGUCAUCCUACAAGAGAGCCACACUGGACGAGGAAGAUCUGGUGGACUCCGGCGGCGAUGACGUCUACCAGUCAACACCAAUGCAGGUGAGUCUCCGGCGGGGCUUCUCAUGCUGGCCGGAGAGAACGCCAAAGGAGAGGCAGCUUCUGUUUCUGGUGUGUGCACUGUCUGCGGGCCUAUUCGUAUCGCUCAUCACAACCGCUGUCUUCUACCGGCAAACACGUCCGGGCGUUUGUCUGACCGAGCCAUGCAUCAGCGUGGCCAGCGCCGUCAUGUCAGCCCUGGACCGCUCGGUGGACCCCUGCCACGACUUCUACACCUUUGCCUGCGGCGGCUGGAUGAAAAACAACCCUCUCCCUGAAGGCAAGUCCCGCUGGGGCUCUUUCAGCGCCCUGUGGGAGCGCAACAUCAUCGUGAUGAAGCAACUAUUAGAAAACACGACGAUGAAAGGUCUGAGUCGAGCAGAGGAGAAGGCCCAGAGAUACUAUCAGGCCUGCAUGAAUGAGACACAAAUCGAGCAGUUGGGAGCGAAGCCAUUGCAGCGACUCAUCACGCAGCUGGGAGGAUGGGCCCUGACCGGACCGUGGGACAAAACCAACUUCCAGGAAGUCCUCCGUGCGGUGUCAGCAAAUUACCGCACCUCACCAUUCUUCACCGUGUUUGUCAGUACCGAUUCCAAGAACUCCUCCACUAACAUCAUUCAGGUGGAUCAGUCCAGCCUGGGACUCCCUUCGCGGGAUUACUACCUCAAUAAAACCGCCAAUGAAAAGUAUCUGGUGGCAUACCAGAACUUCCUGAUGGAGUUAGGGGUCCUCCUGGGGGGCUCAAAGGAGACGUCUCGGCUACUCAUGGGGGAGAUUUUGGACUUUGAAACAGCACUGGCCAACGUCACCGUACCCCUGGAGGCGAGACGGGACGAGGAGCUCAUCUACCACAAGAUGGAGGCCAAAGACUUGAAGAGUCUGGCCCCUGCAAUAGACUGGAUCCCUUACCUCAACGAGGUCUUCGCUCCUGUGCCUAUCAAUGAGUCCGAGCCGGUGGUCGUCUAUGCCAAAGAGUACCUCCAGAAUGUGUCGGACCUCAUAACAAACACCAAUAAAAGCCUUCUCAACAACUACAUGGUCAUGAAGGUGGUAAGGAAGAUGGUGUCCGUCUUGGACCAGAGGUUUCAGGAUGCUGAGCAGCGCUUCCUAGAGGUCAUGUACGGAACUAAAAAGAGUUGCACUCCUCGUUGGAAGAUGUGCGUCAGCGACACAGACAGCGGCCUUGGCUUCGCCCUGGGCGCCAUGUUUGUCAAGGCCACCUUCGCAGAGGACAGCAAGGACAUUGCUGAGGACAUGGUCAGCGACAUUAAAAGAGCAUUUGAGGACAGCCUGGAGUAUGUGAGCUGGAUGGAUAGUGACACAAAAACAGCAGCAAAAGAGAAGGCCGAUGCAAUUUACAACAUGGUGGGCUAUCCAGAGUUCAUCAUGAACGACACCAAGCUGGACAAAGUGUUCAAUGAUUUCGAGGUCGUGUCGGAUCUGUACUUCCAGAACGUCAUGCAGUACUACAACUUCUCUGCCAGGGUGACAGCCGACCAGCUAAGAAAAGCUCCAAACAGAAACCAGUGGAGCAUGACCCCCCCAACUGUGAAUGCCUAUUACAACCCCACUAAGAAUGAGAUUGUUUUGCCAGCAGGAAUUCUCCAGAUGCCGUUCUACAACCGCCAUUGGCCCAAAGCUCUUAACUUUGGCGGAAUCGGCGUUGUCAUGGGGCAUGAACUGACUCACGCUUUUGAUGACCAAGGGAGGGAAUUUGACAAAGACGGCAACUUGCGCUCUUGGUGGAAGAACUCAUCUGUGGAGGCCUUCAAGAAGCAGACACAGUGCAUGGUAGAGCAGUAUGGCAACUACAGCAUCAACCAGGAGACCCUGAAUGGUCGUCACACGCUGGGCGAGAACAUCGCCGAUAAUGGCGGACUGAAGGCUGCCUAUGAGGCUUACGUGAAUUGGAUCAGAAGGAAUGGUGAGGAAGCCACGCUGCCAGCUCUGGGAAUGACAAACCACCAGCUGUUUUUUGUGGGAUUUGCACAGGUGUGGUGCGCCUUGAGGACGCCUGAGAGCUCGCACGAGGGCGUCAUCACCGACCCGCACAGCCCGCCCAGAUUCCGAGUCAUCGGGACCGUCUCCAACUCACACGAGUUCUCCAAGCACUUUGGCUGCAAAGCAAACGCGCCUAUGAACCCCGAACAAAAGUGCAAGCUCUGGUAAUGCCUCAAAAUGGUUAGCAGAGAGCAGUAUGAGCAAACUGACUGUGGAGGCUCACUGACCCAAAGAACCACUAAGAAGCACUUUGUUAGGACGAAACGUGCCAACUUUGUGUGCAGGAUUGCUCGAGAAAAUCUUUACUUUUUUUCCCAAAGGAGACACAUUCUACCUUUUCCCAGGUGUCAAAAAAAAUGACAUGCUUUUUAAAAAAAAAUAGCCCAAGGAUCAAGCUAUACAUUUUCUUGUCUUGGUUAAAGGAAUGUAAAUUAAUCACAGUUACAAAUCGGACAGAGAGCAGAUAGCAAUAUUUACUUGAGUCUUUUAAUUUCAAACUUGAUGGGUUGUAUCGGGCCCAUUUAUUUGUUUACGAGCCAUUCAAAAGUCUAUUUUCAUGCAAUACAGUGUUCCCUCACUUUUUGCGGGUGAUCCAUUCCACACUUUCGGAGUGGUGUAUAGACGUCAGAGUGAAUUACCAUGACUGGUCUUAGUAAGAAGCAAGAUAACCUUCAAAAUAGCGAGGCAAAACUGCCAUAGAGUGAAUCCCGAACUGCGAAGUUGCGAGGGAACACUGUAUGCCCUUUUUAAGGACUGCUGAGCUAAAAAUUUUAGUGUUACAACUUUUGAGUUGCUUUUUAGGUCACUACUGUGUGCCAGGAUUUUCCAAACUUUUGAAUGCGAACAAUACACAACACAUAUUGCCAAAACAUAGACCUCUAUAGACUUUUUUAAUCUACUACAUGUCAUUGGACAAGAAAUUCUCUGGUUAAUGCUCAGUAACCUAGGUUUGGGGAACCCUUCUCUCACUUCGACAGUGGUGUCUUGAGAUACAAGUGACCCUAAUUAAACGUUUUCCAUGAUAGCGCAGUCUUGAAUAACUUUUCAAAGCUUUGAACUUUUUAAUUCCACUUUCAGUUGACAAUUACUCUGUGUACUGUCAGGUAUUAGAAGCAUCAUGGGGGCAGAUAGUAGUCUAUUGACUACUGGCAUGGCUGGCAUAUAUUCAUUACCCCCUACCAAUUAUUAAAGCAUUUACACACUAAUUCUUUACAUUUUUAACACAAGUGCGAAAGCCCAUUCAUUUACAAUGGCGUGUCCGCCAGAGGGCGACAUUUCCGUUAGCGCUCAUGUAAGUCAAUCCGAACGCCUGGAACUCUGCUCGGGCGUCGUUCAGCGGCUACCCUCGGCACUUACUACAGUGUCAAAGAUUGCUAUUGCUCCCUAUUAAACACAAAUGUAUUUUUGGAGAGGAUGGCCUAGAUUAUUUGCAUUUUCAUUCUCUUUUGUAUUCUAAGGUACCACUGGAUUUUAUCAUCUAUGUCACAUUUUUAUAUGACACUGAAUUCAGGACCGGUAUGUUGAGUGUUGAGAUAUGAAAGCCAACUUAAAGACGAUUUCAAAGCCAUAUUGAAUGUCAACACAAAUAUUGAGGGAAAAGGUGCACUGUUGGGAGGGAGGUACAACAUGGUCAAGGUGUCAUUUAUUGGGGAAAAUGUUUUUGUAUUAUAAUGACAAACCCGAAUUUGGACUGAUUUAAGCAUAUAUAGAAAUAAUAGAACGGCACUCACAACCAAAACCAGUUGUACCGAGUAAGCUUGUAUGUAUGUGUAAGAUUAUUUUGUAUAUUAAAAUGAUUAUAAAACA